GCGUCUUGGGUGUGCUGAAAUGCAUUCAGGCUCGGAUCAUGAAGGCUUUUGGGGGAAGGGAUCCCAGCUGUCCGGCGUGUGACGGCACGACGCUGGAGCUGGAGAGAGGAGGCGAUGAGAGGAAGCUGCAAUAAACACACAGGGCGUCUGCGCCUAUCUAAAUAGGACAAUAAAGUGAAAUAGGUAUCAAUGCUCUAACAAUGGAUUUGUCACCUCCGCUUCCACUCAAAGUUUUCCUCUUCGUUUACUUGCUAAACUACACCCAAGGACACUAUAGGAACCCUCUGAACAAGUAUAUCCGUCAUUAUGAAGGCCUGUCCUACGACACAGAGCUCAUUCACAGCAAGCAUCAGCGGGCCAAGAGGGCAAUCUCUCAUGAAGACAAGUUCCUUCAUUUAGAUUUUCAUGCCCACGGAAGGCAUUUCAAUUUACGGAUGAAAAGAGAUACAACCUUAUUUCCUCCAGAUCUGAAAAUAGAAGUUUCAGGAGAAGAGGUUCCAUAUGAUACCUCUCAUAUCUACACUGGAGAAAUCUACGGUGAGAAAGGCACCCUGACUCACGGCUCCGUUGUGGACGGUAAGUUUGAGGGCUUCAUCCAGAGCUACCACGGCACUUACUACGUGGAACCAGCCGAGAGAUACCUGGAGGGCAAAGACGUGCCGUUUCACUCAGUCAUCUACCACGAAGAUGACAUACACUAUCCGCACAAGUACGGCCCAGAGGGAGGCUGCGCUGACAGCUCCGUGUUCGAGAGGAUGAAGAAGUAUCAGUUCUCUGCUGCAGUGGAGCCAAACAAGGAGCUCCACCCCGAAGCGGAGUCUGAAGGCCCCGUGUUGCUGAGGAAGAAGCGGAUGGCCCAGGUGGAGAAAAACACCUGCCAGCUCUUUAUUCAGACUGACCAUCUUUUCUUCAAAUACUAUAAGACCAGAGAAGCUGUCAUAGCUCAGAUUUCCAGUCAUGUCAAAGCCAUUGAUGCGAUCUACCAGGGCACAGACUUCAUGGGCAUUCGUAACAUCAGCUUCAUGGUGAAACGCAUCAGGAUAAACACGACCAAUGACGAGAGAGACCGAUCCAACCCGUUCCGCUUCGCCAACAUCGGCGUGGAGAAGUUUCUGGAGCUGAACUCGGAGCAGAACCACGACGAUUACUGUCUGGCUUACGUUUUCACAGACAGGGAUUUUGAUGAUGGCGUGUUGGGACUGGCCUGGGUGGGAGCCCCAUCAGGGAGCUCUGGGGGAAUCUGUGAAAAAAGCAAGCUGUACUCCGACGGAAAAAGGAAGUCUCUCAACACUGGUAUAAUCACGGUACAGAAUUAUGCCUCCCACGUACCUCCAAAAGUCUCUCAUAUCACUUUUGCACAUGAAGUCGGACACAACUUUGGCUCCCCGCAUGACUCCGGAGCCGAGUGCACCCCAGGAGAAUCCAAAAGCCAAGACAAGAAGGAGAAGGGCAAUUAUAUCAUGUAUGCGCGAGCCACAUCGGGAGACAAGCUCAACAAUAAUAAGUUCUCCUACUGCAGCAUUCGCAACAUCAGCCAGGUUCUGGAGAAGAAGAGAGGAAACUGUUUUGUUGAAUCUGGCCAGCCGAUCUGUGGAAACGGCCUGGUGGAGCCUGGAGAGGAGUGCGACUGCGGUUACAACGACCAAUGCAAAGACCAGUGCUGCUACGACGCCAACCAGCCCGACAACAAGAAGUGCAAAUUAAAGCCCAACAAAGUCUGCAGCCCCAGUCAGGGUCCUUGUUGCACUUUCGAGUGCAGCUACAAGGGUCGCAACGAGAAGUGCCGGGAGGAGUCCGAGUGCGCUCACCAGGGCAUGUGCAGCGGGGGAAGCGCCCAGUGCCCGACCUCUGAGCCCAAGGCCAACUUCACCGCCUGCCACAGCGAAACUCAAGUCUGCCUCAACGGGGGCUGCUCCGGCUCCAUCUGCGAGAAGUACGGGCUCGAGGCGUGCACCUGCGCCAGCCAGGACGGCAAGGAUGAGACCGAGCUCUGCCACGUGUGCUGCAUGGAGAAGAUGAACCCCAACACCUGCAGCAGCACGGGGUCAGAGCGUCUGGCUCGGUUCUUCAAUAAGAAAGUCACCACCCUGCCAGCGGGAUCGCCCUGCAACGAUUUCAAAGGUUACUGCGACGUGUUCAUGAAGUGCCGGCUGGUGGACGCAGACGGGCCGCUCGCCAGGCUAAAGAAGGCCAUCUUCAACCCAGAACUCUAUGAGAACAUUGCAGAGUGGAUUGUGGCUCACUGGUGGGCCGUGUUGCUGAUGGGCAUCGCUCUCAUCAUGCUCAUGGCGGGUUUCAUUAAGAUCUGCAGCGUUCACACACCCAGCAGUAACCCCAAGCUGCCUCCUCCCAAACCACUGCCAGGCACUUUGAAGAGGCGACGAGCGCAGCAGCACGCUAGCUCUCAGGUGCAGCACCAGUCGCAGCACCCCCACGCCCACGGCGGCCAUGGCGGCCAGCGACAAGCCCGGGGUCAGCCGCAGCGGCAGGCGCAGCCCCAGAGGCACCACCGUCAGCCCAGAGAGAACUAUCAGAUGGGCCAGAUGAGACGCUGAGACCCCGCUGCCCCUCCUUGCAACCCCCAAUGCCUUGGCUCCUCCUCGUGCCUACAGUGGGAAACAAAAGCGUCACUCCAUCCAAAGAAAAGCCUGACACGGUUGUUUGUCAUCGUCAUAUCCGCCGAUCUGCAGACAACGCGCUCUACGCGGAAGAAGAGUAAAAACUUUGUCCAACUACUCAGCUGGCUCUUUGCGGAGUGGACUCGACCAUCAGCCAUCUCCAGUGCAUCAUUUUCCAUCUUUCUUUUCUUAUUUCUUUUCAUUCCAAGGAGUGCCAAGGAGAGUUAAGGAAUCGUGUAGCAUUAGUACAUCCUGUGAUGUGUUUUUCUUUCUGUUGCGAUCUUCAAGUGACUGCCGGUGAAUCGUUUUGUGCUUCUUCUUCUUCUUUUAUUUGUUUCUUUUUUCCCCCCUCAUCAUCCUGACCAAGAAUGAGAGAAACUCGGUGGGAAUUUGUGGCACUUUUCUUUUUUCUUUUCUUGAUUUUUCAUGUCGAACAGCAAAAGAGACAGGCUCUGGUCUCCUCAUGCAGAUUAUCUUCUGCAUGUGACUGUAAAUAUUUAGUGUAUCAUAAGUGAAAACAAACUAUUUCUUCUACUGUAAAUGUGUAAUUCUUCACUACUUUUCUUUUUUUUUUUCUUUUCGGUUAGUGCUCUCAGGAUUCUUAACACAUAAAUGAAGGACCGUUGAGGAUUUGACGCUCUUGAGUUGGAUCGCAUUCACUUUUGUUUGAUUACAAGAUUAUGAACAACAAGGGCAUCAUAUCCCUGUUUCGUUUAAUUUUUUCGGUCUUGCUAACGUUAUGUUUUUUUUGCUCAUGUUGUGUAAGGAGAUGUAGCGUCGUCAUGGGAACAAAUAUGAAGGAUCACAACACUAUUUGCGUCUGAUCAUGAAGAGUGACACUGAAAACAACAGCUAGGAGUCUAGGAAUGAGUCAUGUUAGUUUACAUGAGUGUGGAAAUAAAUUUUUUAAAAUGACUAAAAAAAAUUUAAGAUUAAAUCAUUCUAUUAUUCUUCAGAUAGUGGAUUUAAGAACUUUUCCUCGUGGGCAUGCAGACACAUUUAUUACAUGUGGCUUUGAAUUGACAAAGGUCUGUAAUAUCUGUAAUUCACUCAACACUAUGUUAUUUUGACGGAUGUGUAACGCAGGAAAGAGAAGUGUAAUGCAGCAGUGUUGUUGACUAACGUUCUCCCCAGUGCGUUCACUACUAAUCUGUUGGAAAAGCUACUUCCUGAUCCCCUAAAGAGCUCACCAGUGCAGGAUGUUUACCGUAGAAAUCCACUAAGACGGCAGCAGGAAGGAAGUGUGAUUGGUUCGACCUCAGGUGUUUGCAAAACAAACCCUUUUUGUGAAUUUUAUUUAUUAGAGGACAAGAACUGUACCUGGUGAUGCAAUCACGACUUCUUCUUUUUAACUUGUAAGAGCAUACAUUUUUAAAUUGACUGAAAUUCCUGUAUUUUCUCCUGUAGAUGUUUUUUCUGCUCUUGCACAAAACUCAACUUUACAUGUCAGAUUAAAUGCCUCUUGCACAAAUUUAUUUUCCUAAUAGUUUUACUAAAAUAAUGGUAAAACCUGCAAUCUUAGCAAUGUCUUUUUUUUUCUUCCUCAACUGUUUGCAGAGACUCUCAUUGGCAGCACCUCCUUCUGUUGGGUGAACGUGUUGCGUUCAGCGUCUCGCCGCCAUUUUCUUGGCUACAACUGCUAUCAGACAGACAGCAAAAAUGAAUUUGCAAGCAGAAAGCACAGCAGAGUUCAGGUUUCAUCCCAAUAGAGGAGGAACAGAAGAAAUUUGCAUAAGCAACAUUAAAUCUGAUUGCUGAAAUGCACUGCAAAACCAACAUUUAACUACAUUUUUUUUACUCAAUUGUAUUGCAAAUAUCCGAGUGUACCUUAAACAAAACAAAACUAAUUUAAAAUAAUUUUCUAUCAAGAUAUAGGAGCUUGUUUUAAGUGAAUAAUUUCUUAAUAUUGAUAAAAAUGUACAAGUUCCACAGAUUAUUUUGGGCUAGUUCCUAGUGCAAAUAUCUUUAGUACAGUUGAAAUAAGUUAAGCCAAUUUAAAAGUAACUUCUUUUUUUUUAUUUUUUGAAAGAUAAAGUAUUGUUUUAAGUGAAUAAUUCUUUAAUUUUGAGUUUCACUGGCAGAUAAAUUACCGUAACGUAUAACAUGGGAAAAAUGUCUUGUUAUAAGUGAAAUAACCUGCCAAUCGAGCCAGAACCUUUUCAUCAAAAUUAAAGAAUUAUUUACUUAAAACAAGGUAAAAUGUUACUUUUUGUCAUAGUUUAAGAAUAGUAAGAUCUUUCCACUAGAAACUAGAUCCAAAAUACUUGGUAAGAUUUUGUGAUUUUGCAGUGUAUAUUUAGUGGAAAAAAAUCUACCAGUGCACCUUUUCUGUAAAUCAAUAUUAAUCAAUAUUAAAUUUGUCUUUUCUUCCAAGUGUUCUAAGAUAUUUGCACUAGAGACAUGACAAAAAAAUACUUUCAAAUUUCUUUUUCUGUCAGCGUACCUUUUCUUUUUGUGUUUGAAUUUGAGAUGAAUUUUGAGCAAGAGCAGAACAAAAUCUGACUUAAAAUAAGGAAUUGAAAAUGCAUGUACUCCCUUUUUUAUUUCAUUUUAUUUUUUUUCAGGGGGAAAAUCCCCAAUAAUGUUGCUAAAGUGUAAAAUAUGAAUGCCUCUACAAGAAGACGCAUCCCAGAUUUUGUACGUCAUUGCACAUCUGCUCUGGUUUUGUUUUUAAGUGCAUGCAAACUAGUGCGACUCUUUUUGUCCCAGUCGCAGUGAGCUCUGUAGGGGAGCGGUCGACGUAAACAACCAACAUGUGUCGUUUUCUGCAAUGAGGCGGAUGAAUUCGAUAGCUUGGCGGUUGCUAUUACUCCUCAUCUCUGUACAAAAUGGAGCUCUCUUUUUUUUAAAUCUCAUCUCGCCUGUCGGGCCAGAAGAAUUUACCUGUAAACUUGUACAGUACUUGGAGGAAGAAAAAAAAUAAAACAACAAAAAAGUUGGCAUUUAAUUUGAAUGAAAAGUACAUUUUGAUACAUCUAUUUCUCUUUUUUUCUAAAUUCAGAGUAACUUGUUAAAAAUGUUCACAUGUGACAAAGUUUCCUCUCUUCUAAGUUAUUUAUGUUCCUCUUUGUGCAAGUAGAACUGGAAUUUGGUUAUACUUAUUACCGCCGUCAUCAACGGAGGAAAAAACUAUUCAGUGAUGGAGUUAAUGUUACAUUCCCAUUAUGAUUUUUUUAUUUUAUUUUUAUUUUUCAUUUUCUUAUCCUGUGGCAUGGUUCGGGUAGACGAGCAGAAGUUUUAAAAAAAAUGCCUGUAAAUUUACUUUUCUUUUUAAUUUCGUAGUCUUGGUAAAAGUUUUUAGAUAAACGUGCACUGAAAAUGUCCAAAUUGAGUUGAAA